AUGCAAGCAACUUUUGACGCGUAUUCCCUGAAGCCUUUCACCAGAGCCCUUGCUUGCUUAUCCAGAUAUGGUGAAGAACUCUGCAUAUAUGCCUCCUCUGAAACUUUAUCGCUCUUCUGCACCAACUCGUCUAAAUCCGCAUACUGUCGCUUCAAAUUUAAUAAGGAAUUCUUUUCGAAAUAUCGGGUGGGAGACCCAACAAAAGGGGUUCAAGACGGCGUCGUGGGACAGCUCAUGGCGAAGUCUCUGCUUUCAAUCCUGAAACACAAAACAGUAGAGUCGACGUUGGAAAGAUGCGAGAUCUCAAUCGUAGAGGGAGUUUCUGCCGAAGAAGCUGCUGAUGAAACUCAGGAUGGGCUCGAGAGCAAACUUGUUGUCCGAUUGCACUGCAAACAUAGUGUAAUCAAAACACACAAGCUACUCUUACUAGGUUCUACGACUCUCAUGGCUCCCGGGAUACCCGAUUCUUCGAAUGAAACACUACUGAGGAUUGGCCCUAGAGCAAUCCGAGAUAUGAUUGAGCAGUUUUCACUUCCUAAAGGCGCAAAAUCCGACCCUCAGUUAAUCUGGACUUUUGGAGAGACAGAUGUGGAAGUCAGAAGCCUUGAAUCGUCGAUUGACACCAGAAGUAGAGCGCAACUUGCCACAGAAUUGACUAUAAGCGCGGAUGAAUUCGAUUUAUAUAAUCUUUACGAGGCUCCCACAACUAUAACAUUUCACCUUCGAGAAUUCAACGCUACAAUUACAUUUGCAGAGAUAUGUGGAUUGGGCCUAGAUAUCCGAUUUACCGACUCAGCAGAACCUCUCUUUAUUGACGUAGAGGGCGAUAAUUUUGAAACCCUGUUCGUCAUCUCAACCAGCCAGCCUCCCGGCUCUGCUGCCCAGGCUCGUCUAGCGUCGACUGGUCCUAGAAAACGUCUACGAGAGGACACGCCCACCGACUCGUCUAGAUUCAAAAAACCAAUGAAGGUGGUACAGUCCACGACUGAUCGCAUGUCUAUUGCUCGCGAUACUGCCCCCGCUAGUAACCGCCUUUCUUCAUCAAGGCAAAUGCCCCCUCCAGCUACUCCAGUCACACCUUCACCGGGUCAUCAACACUCAAGCCAUCACACUUUGCAUGCACCUCAAAUCUCUGCCUCAGUUGCUCCUAAAUUAUCACAAGAACUUCCGCUCUUUCUUCCUGGAUCAUCCCAGCUUUCUAUUCUGGACGAGGUAGCACUUCGGGAAUCAGGUUUAGGAAUAGAGCAUAUGAGUGCAGAAGAAUUCAACGAUAUGUUCGAGGCACAUGGGGAGGAAGUGAACAUUGAAGAAGUGCCGCCCAAUCCGAACUCUACAGCACAAACUGACAGAAUUGGGGGAGGUCUCGAAGAAGAUGCGAUGUUUACUCCGACUCAAACCGGGGAUACAUUGUCAAAUGACGAGCCUCGAGCGUUCUAUCCGCUUUUCGAAGAUUAA